ACUGCAGAAAUCUGUUAUCAAUUCCUACCAUGACCAAAAUUAAACAAACAACUCAUUUUUCUACUGAGCCGCUCCGCAGUCGGUCGAAGUGAUUACGUUCAUUUAAUAUUUAAAAAAAAUAUAAAUACCUAUCUAAAUGGAGCGCUACAGGCUUGAACCCGUAACAGUAGAGUACGAUCCGAUGUGUGAUAAGGAGAAGCCACAGAAAAUUUCCUUUGAAGAUGUAUCUGCUGCUGCUUAUAGGAUCCAGAGCCAGAUUGUAAAAACGCCUUGCGUGAAAUCCCAUAUGUCUAACGCAUUUGGAAUGGACAUUUAUCUGAAAAACGAUUUUCUUCAACACACUGGGAGUUUCAAAGAACGUGGUGCACGAAAUGCCCUCCUUUUGUUAUCAAAGGAGAAUAAGACUCGUGGCGUGAUUUCUGCAUCACUUGGCAACCACUCCCAAGCCCUGAGCUACCAUGCCAACAACCUGAACAUUCCCGCCACGGUGGUGAUGCCCAACGUGGCUCCGAUCAUGAAGAUAGAAAAAUGCCGGUCUUAUGGGGCCAACGUCAUCAUCCAUGGACAUGACAUGAAGGAAGCUAAAUACCAUGCUAUGACCCUGGCUAAAGAAAAGUCUCUGAUCUACAUCAACGGCUAUGACCACCCGCACAUAAUGGCGGGCCAAGGCACGGUGGGGCUGGAGAUCAUAGAGCAGGUGCCCGACGUGGACGCCGUGAUAGUGCCCGUGGGGGGAGGGGGGCUGCUGGCGGGCGUCGCCACCGCCAUCAAACAUCUUAAGCCUCACGUUCUUAUUUACGGUGCGGAGACGGAGAAGUGCCCGAGCAUGGAGAAUGCCAUCAAGCACGACGAGCCAGUCUCCGUGGAGAUCAGGUCCACUCUAGCAGACGGUCUGGCGGUGCCCACAGUCGGGUACAACGCCUUCGCCACCGUCAAGGAUUGCGUCGACAGAAUGUAGACCUUUCUUGUCAACGAGGACUGGAUAGCUCGGGCCAUCCUGCGGCUGAUUGAGCAGGAGAAGUACGUGGUGGAGGGUGGGGGGGCAGUCGGAGUGGCAGCCAUCAUGGCGGGGCUCGUGCCAGAACUCAGCGGGAAAAAGGUUGUAUGCAUUCUCUCAGGAGGUAACAUAGACACGACUAUCCUGGGCCGGUGUCUGGAGCGCGGGCUGGCUGCAGAGCAACGCCUGGUGAAGUUCAAAGUGACGGUGAGCGACCGGCCCGGCGGCAUCGCAGAGCUGUGCAAGCUCAUCUCCUGUACCGGAGUCUCCAUCAAGGACAUCAUACAGGAACGCGCCUGGGUACAUGGCGAUAUCUUCAGCGUGCGGGUGAAAGUCGUGUGUGAAACUCGUGGACCGGAACACUUGGAGGAGUUGCGCGGAGUGAUAGCGACCACUUACAGGGAAUGGGACUUCGCAGGCGAAUACGAUGCCUACCCGCGCCGUAACAGCACAGAAUCCCUGGACGACGUCUCUCAUUAACUUGCUUGCAAUAUAUGUACCAAUUAAUGCAUAAAGUUUUCCUAUAAAAUACUUGUGGGUACAUAACUUAUACUAAUAUUGUAAAAACGAGAUUUAUUUAGGCAUUCUUUAGUUCUGGUUGCGUGCGACUCUGAAACUAAACAAGUAAUUUGAAAAAUUAUUUCACCACUAGAAAGUUAUAUGACAUGAAAAAUUAUAUGUAUUACUUAUACAAUUACUUACUUUAUAACAAUUCUAUGUCCUAAUAUGAUGUUUAAAAGUAAGCGUGUGUCGUACUUUUUACCGACUUAAAGAGGAGAAGGAGGUUAUGUUCGGAUGUUUGUUUUACGAGUAUAUGAUUACUUUAUGUUGAACAAUGAUCAUAUCAUACCAUUUUUUACAAAUGUAUAAAAGUGUUACAUACCCACUAUUCUUUUAAAAUGUUCUAAAUGUCCACAUAUUUGCCUGAUAGUCAAUAUAACGUCUUCCAACAUUAUGUUUUUUUUUUUGUUUUUUAGGAAGUUUUAUUGACACGUCACGCCACCAUGUAAACUGUUGUCCGAUAUUUAAUUGUAUCGCUCAAUAACUCGGGCAAUCAAAGUAUGACCAAGAACACUCUACUGCAGGGGUGGCCAAUUUGAUUAGACAUAAGAUCUACUGUUUACUAACGAAACCCUGUGCGAUCUACCACUAACAUACUUUUUGAAAUAUUAAAUGAUACAGCAUAGUAGUGUUACGUUGCGCAAUAUGGACUAUUUAUUUAUAUUUUUUGCCUAGCCUCGAUCGACUGGACUAAUGGUCGCGAUCGACCGGUUGGCCACCCCUGCUCUACUGUCAUCUCAUCUCGUCGCAUAUCACUAAUAUGUUAUUACGUUUUCAUAUUCACACAAGUAGUAUGUAAGGUAUUUUAUGAAUCUGUGAUAGGAUAACAUAAUAUUGUACCUAAUAAAUAACAUUAAUGAACUAAUAAAA